GUGAGAUAUAUGCAUUUGCUUCCACUUUAUCUGCCCUGGAGGUGCUGCACUGUUCAUUGUCUCCUUUCGCAAUGAGAUACCUCCCUAUGUAUCAUAUCUCUAUUGGCGUGAUAAUUCUGUUCUUUGCAACUCUUUGUAUUGCUGUUCCCAGUUCUAAUAACACCUACAUCUAUACUCAAUCUUCUCUCGGCGACAUCUCUGCCUCCAACGAUUGCAUCAGUGCUCUCACUGCAAAUGUGUCUUGCAAUGGGGGCCUGCAGUCUGCAGUCCUGCAGACCAGUACAUGGUCGACAAACGGAUUGAAGCAGAUGUGCGCCGACGACUGCAAGUCGUCUCUUGCGGAUUACAUCUCCACCGUCGACGAGGAAUGUGGCACGGAGAAGCAGUACAAUAUCUCAGGAAUCAUGCAGACUGCCUCGGAGGCCGGAAGGAAGAUGCAGUGGCAGUACAAUGCGACUUGCUUGGUUGAUUCUUCUUCUGGGGAGUACUGCAACACGCUGUUCCAGGGAGGAGGUAACACCAGUGUCUCCGAUAUCAAGUGCAGCAGUUGCUAUCUGAACUAUCUAUCGACUGUGAUCAACUCCAAAUGGGGCCAGAGCCUUUUCAAUCCAUCUGUCCUCACUAAUCAGGUCAGGUUGUGCGGUGCAACUGGGUAUUCUGUUACGUAUACGGCUCCUGCAACGUCCAUCUCUGCCUCUGCCUCGUCGACAGCCACCGCAGAGGUGCAACGCUGCAAUCUCAACGAUAGCAGCACAGUAACCUACACGGUUGAAAAGGCCGACUCGUGCAACAGCAUCUCCGUGGACAAGAAUGUGUCCACAAAUGCCCUCGUUAACAUGAACGGCCUAGGAAGUGGCUGCGCCUAUCUGGUGACAGGACAGCGAAUCUGCCUGCCUGAUUCCUGCCAAGUCGCACGAGUCGGAUCAAACGAUACCACCAGCUCAAUAGUUUCGAAAAUGAGCAGAAAGGUCACUACGAAGCAGUUCCUCUCGUGGAAUCCGUCAUUAAGCACCGUCACCUCGAAUUUGAGUUAUGCUGCUGGCACUUAUGUCUGCGUUACUCCUCCUGGCACGAUGGAGCCUGUUCCAACUGAUGCUGUGACGACAUCCAAUACAAACUGCGGGCUCUGGCACAAGGUUUCCGGCACCGACGGCUGCGAUACGAUGGGGUCUGACUUUGAUAUCUCCAUGACGGAUCUCAGGUUUCUCAAUCCCCAACUUGACUCUGACUGCAGACAUCUAUGGGUUAACAACAGUUAUUGCGUCCAACCCGUUGGAAACAUCAAGACCUACUCUGGCUACUCUUCCUUUGUGGCCAACACCACUACAAAGCUCACCUCAUUUUCCAACACGAUUAAUUUGAACCAGACCAGGGCUGUGAACAGGACAACCUCCACCGCGCAAAACAUCAACAGCACCGAACAGGCAAGACUUGCCAACUACACUCUCUGCGACCAGGUCUACUCUCGAUACAACAUCAGCGACGAUCUUACUGAUGAAAUGUACGAUAACGAUGCCUGGAUGUCCGAAUACGACCGCGUCUGCGAGCUCAACCCCAAUAUUCCAUUGCCAACAAGACCAUUCAACUAUAGCAUUCCCCUUGAUACUACUACUCAAUCCUAUGUUCCUUCGUCUACGGUAUCCCCUGGAUCAAAGCCAAGUACCCGCCACGCAACUUCCACUGCUGCCUCUGCCUCCGCUACCUCGACAGGGAAAACCGUCUCUCCAGACGGUACUUGCGGUACUCAGGGCGGAUACACAUGCGCUAGCUCAACUUUUGGCAGCUGCUGUAGUAAAUAUGGAGACUGGUAG